GGUCCCCAAAGGGGGGACCUUUGACAAGCCGUCGGCUUCCUGUUCUCAGGUAAAUUCAGUUAAAUAUCGCUAACAAUAACAUAAUUAUGUUAUAAUAAUGACAUAAUAUCAAACUAAGAUGUGGAUGACCUAACACCUUCAUGCUAAAAUGGCACCCAAGAGAAGGCCUAAAGAUUCAGUUGGACGUAUUGUCGGUACUAAUUCCAGAUGGGUGUCUCUGGACGUCUUCCUUACUGUGAGUGGUGUUGGCUCAAUAGGUAGUUAGGUAGAGGGUUGUGCUGCUGCUUGUGUUGUCCUUCAGAUUGGAGAUACAGCAAUACUGAUCAAGAGAAAUACCAUCUCUUUCUCUAGCCAAAAUGUUAAUCGUCCACCUUCACCCAAUCAUCCAUCUGUCCAUAGAGACUGAUUGGGUAGGGAGAUAGACUGAAUAAUAAAAUGGUCAAAGAUUUUGGCCAUUUUGAUCCAGGCCUAGGUCCCUAGGCCUGGAUCAUUUUCAGCGAAAAAUUUGGCCUGAAAAUUUGAAUCAAGAACUUCCAUACACAGUAUGGUGCUAAGCUAUUUAUUUAUUUCGUGUGGGCUGGAAAAGAGAGUAGUGUGUGGUGGUGUUGGUUUUGAAUGGAGGAAAUCCGACGUGAUAACACCUCACACAGGAAAUCUUCCUGGCGAUUUUCCCUAGAUAUAGUGUGCAUUCAUGGUAAUAUAAUGCCAUUCAGACAUUACGUUAAGGGUAUUUUUCCAGGGACACGUACAUGUAAAAUACACACAUAAUGAAUACAGAGGCUGCUGAUAUUUCUCGUAGUAGCAGUGUGAUUACUCCACUGCAAGAGGCUUGGGGGAAGGUUAGGCUGUUGUAUGACAGCACGUACGGUCGUCAUGGGUCUCGCGUCAAUCAUAUACAAAACCCUGAAGGAAAUUAUUGUAUAGAACUCUCGUAUAUAAUUUUAUGUGAUCAGUGCUGAAUAAUUAAUAUGAUAGUUUAUUGCCUAAUUAAGAUUCAAGUAAUAAGAGUCCAAGUUUCUGACAAAACCAUCGGCCAAAAUCCAAGACAAAUUCGUUUUGUUAAAAAUUACAUUUGUAAGUCUCCUGAAACGAAAAUAGACAUCGGCUGUGCAUCCCGCCUGAGAUAAGCGUUCUUGCAAUGAGGAAACACAUAAUGGAGUGGGAGGGAUUGGGUGGUUCCCAUUACGCCAGCACCCCCACCCUCGCCGCCUGCUCCGCCACUACCUCUCGCCACCACCACCACGGCUCCAACAGGUCGCUUCCCUACACACCGGCUGGCAAGUCCCCCAACUCCUUCUCUUCACUGUUUAGGACGAAGAUUAUGGCGGGAAAGAAUGAAGAGGUGCUGAAAGAAGCGUUUAUGACAAAGCGGUCGCAGAACAAGAGGUCUUUCACCCCCACGAACUGGAAAGAUCGUUGGUUCGUUCUUUCGCCCGAAAAUCUGAUUUACUACGAUGGCGACAAGCAGAGCGGACGACGGAAGGAACGUGGACGCGUGGAGUUGAGCCGAGUGGUGGCGGUGGAGUGCGUGGAUAGUGCCGUGUUCCAGCGAGACUGGGUCUUCCAGCUCUGCUACCUCUCCGACGAGAAGGAGCAGUUCGUCCUCUACAUCGCCGCCGUCACCUCUCAGGAGCGUGACCAGUGGCUCGACUACAUCCGAAGGCUGGUGGCGGACAACGAGUGCCUGGCGGAGUGGUACCACCAGGGCGUCUUCAUCAGGAGCCAGUGGACCUGUUGUAAGGGCGGCAAGGACGUCACUGCCUGCACCUCCGUCACCUGGACCAUCAACCACAACAACAAUCCUCCAGGUGAGUGCCACUCUCCUACCACCAUCAUCAACCACCAUCCAGGUGAGUGCCACACUCCCACCACCAUCAACCACCAUCCAGGUGAGUGCCACUCUCCCACCACCAUCAUCAACCACCAUCCAGAUUUUGAAUUAAAAAAUUCACCCCAGCUAGUGUGGCACUCUAGUGUUGAUGGCUCUGUGAUUCGGCUGGUGUGGCACUCUAGUGUUGAUGGCUCUGUGAUUCAGCUAGUGUGGCACUCUAGUGUUGAUGGCUCUGUGAUUCGGCUGGUGUGGCACUCUAGUGUUGAUGGCUCUGUGAUUCAGCUAGUGUGGCACUCUAGUGUUGAUGGCUCUGUGAUUCAGCUAGUGUGGCACUCUAGUGUUGAUGGCUCUGUGAUUCAGCUAGUGUGGCACUCUAGUGUUGAUGGCUCUGUGAUUCGGCUGGUGUGGCACUCUAGUGUUGAUGGCUCUGUGAUUCGGCUGUCGUUGUGCCUUAUUUACAAGCUACGAUACAUGAAGCCCCGUUUAAUUAUGGGAAAAACUUGGCAAAGUGUUUCUGCUGCUCUCACCGGUGUCGUGGUGUGGUGA